AUGACAAUUGAGGAACAACCCUCCAAUGUGGACAAUGACUUGCCACCACGCUACAGUCAAAUUAACCUCCUUGCCACCAAUCAUCAUGCGCGAGUCGACUCCAUUGCUGCAUCUAGACAACAGCAACCACCUACACAACAUGAGCCUGCACAUCAUUUAGCGUCUCAACUGGAGCUUAGCAUACUAGCAUCAGAGUCAGUGCAUUGGCCAACACCGUCGCCGCCGUAUGAGUCGUGCUGUAUUGUGGAUGAACGAUUUAUGCUCUUGGGACAUGCCGUGCGAGGUGUAGAAGUGAUGGAUUUGCAUCAACAAGCAGUCAAGCCGAGAACAAUUCUAUGGAUCAGAGUACGACAAAUGAUUGUCAACAAGCCAUGUCGCGUGAUCUUGAUGAUUGCAGGACGCAACAAGCGUGUACGAUGUUACUCUCUCGAUGCCAUCAGGAAGCUCUGCUAUGCCAUUUAUCGCAUGAAUUGGAAGGAUCGUUAUGAACCCGAGUUUGAUUUACCCAGCAUUAGCGAUUGGAGAUUCAUUGCAUCAUUAUCUGGAAGAUCGUCUGAUGAAGCACCCGCUAAUGAUAUACCACCACCACCAUCGCAAUCAUCCACACGAAGACCCACGCCAUCAUCAUCAUCAACAACACCAGAUGAACUUGUGUUGGCAGGAGGAUUGGCAUCCAAGCAACAUUAUUUGUGCAACAAUGUCGCAUUGCAGGAUUACCAUUACAAACUUUCCGAAUGCAAGGACGUCUUACGAAUGGAUCUAUAUCAAACAAGUGCAUUUAUCUUUGUAUCGGCCAUGCAAAAGGAUAAGCUCGUAGUAUGGCAACACCGGCGCAGUGAUCAGGAUAAGCCAUGGAGGUUGACACCAAUGUACAAAUUCAAGGUGUAUUGGAUACCUGCUGAGCCACGUUGGGUUUCCUUUGCAGAUGAUCGCAUUGCUUUACGCUAUUUGCUUGCCGUUUUUUCGACUGAAGCCACAGCCAUUGGGUUAAGGAACAGCAAAGUGCACACUGUGCCUGUUGACAAGAAAUUGACCGAGCUUUAUCAAACGGGUUGGCUACGCGCUCAAUUGGAUGACCAACAACAACAGCAACAACAACAACAAACGCCACAAUCACGUGCACGUUCUCAUUCAACGCCACAAUCACCUUCAAUGCCUACUACAGCCAUCAAUCUCAAUAACAAUGCCAACAAUGUACCACCUUCUUCCUCUUUUCCGGAUCUCACAUUAACAUCACCACCGGCCAUGCAAUGGACAUCUUUGAUUCAACUCCCAUUCUAUCCAAGCAGCAUUGCAGCCAACACGCUUACAACCGAAUACUCAAAUCCACCUUCCUAUGAUACCGUUGUUACAUGCUCACCACUUGAAGCUGCUGAACCUGUUGCCCUCUCAUCCACCACCUCACCACAACUCUUUUUUGCCACGCUUGGGCGUCAGAGUUACAUUAUUGAUCUCUCGGGUCGUCUUUUUUCGACGCAAGUUUAUGCAUGGACUCAUGAACCACAACACAUUGAAUUCAUUCAACUCGGUCAGCAACAAGAGCAGGAUGCUGCCAACAGCAACAAUCAACAUAUCGACACUGAUCAAGAUUGGUGUGUGGUGGGAUUUAGUCGAGAGAGUGUUGAGUUAUUACGUUUUCGGACUGGAGAACGCGUGCAUCGGAUCAUGAACGGGGUAUCCAUAUGCUUUCUUGGACGAUGGAACAGCCCUGCAAAGCACAAUCGACCCAAGGCUCUCUUUUGGAGUUGCGCUACACCUCAAGACAUGUCUCACGUUUACAUGUUGCAUCAUAAAUAA